UCUACUCCCCCUGUUUCCACCCAUGUUUCUGACCGCUGGCAGCACAUUUCCUCUCUCUUCAGCCUCAUCUAGCCAUGUUUGGUUCUGAGAUGGGGUCAUGAGGUAAUUAUGCAAGAUACAUGUUGCCAUUACCACGGCAUCCGCAUUUUCUGGCUUCAUAUUCAGUCUUGUGUGGAGUACUCUCCAUCUUGCUGAAAGAAUCCCAAAAGCACACUCAACUACCAUCCUGGCUCGAGAUAGCCUAUAAUUGAAAAUGCGCCUCCAUCUUGGAAUGUUGCUCCCUGGAAAUGGACGCAUCAUGUAGGUCUUCAAGGGGAAUGCUGCAUCUGCAACCAUGGUAUACGGCAUGGGACCAUGAACACCAGAUCCUGGUAAAGGGUUAUCUGCUGGCACAGACAAAUCUUUUGCCUCCAUGCCUCUUCCGAGGAUUGAGUUUUGAAAAACCCCACCAUCACUGGCUCGGCCAAAGUCUCCAACUUGAAUGAAUGUAAAUUUGUAGUCGGCAUCUACUAAAGCGAGCAGAACAAUAGAGAAUGUCUUCUUGUAGUUAAAGAACAUACUCCCUGAAUGUGCAGGUGCCACUAUGUUUACAUGUUUGCCAUCGAUGGCACCGAUGCAGUUUGGAAAGUUCCAUUUAGACCAAAAUUUCCCAGCGAUGACUUUCCACAUGUCUUCUGUUGGCUUUGGAAACUGCAUUGCCAACAUUUGGCUCUCAAUUGUUCUGCAAGUUGUAUGCACACUCCCAGAAACAGUGCUUGUCCCAAGACGAUAUUGUAGGGCAAGGCUUGAGAAGCUUUCCCCAGUCCCUAGGAAUCUGACAAAAACAAAAAGACAAACAGAAAAAAAAAAGUACACCGUUAUUAAAAUGCAUGUUUUUUCCCCCACAGUAAAUGAGUGUAAAAGGAGGUGGAAGGUGUUAAGGGAUGCCUUUGCAAGAAACAGGAAGCAAAAAAAUCUUCCUAGUGGCUCUGCUGGUGGAAGCAGCAGAGAAUGGAAAUAUGAACAAGUGAUGUCCUUUCUGCUUCCCCAUAUGCAGGCCAGAAGUUCCAGGCACACUUUGCAGUUGGAAGAUGUACCGGUAGACAUGAGUAUUGCAGAAGAUGAUGUGGAGCUAGAAUUAGCAGAACUAUCAAGGCCAAGUUCUCCAGUGCCACCUCAACAGAGAUCUGCAAACCCAACACCCUCUACAAUUUUAAGAUCUGACACAUCCACACCACCACCGGCCAGUCAGAGGUCAAACACUCCCACACCCCAUCCCAGAGUGCAAGCUCUAAUUAGUGAGACUCAGACAACAAGACAGAAGAAGAGAAGGUCAAAUGAUCCAACGGCAACAGAGCAACAGCUUUUGGAAAUUUUAACACAACCAACUACAACACCUGCACCAUAUAUUCCAAAAAAAGGAGACGAAAUGUACUAUUUCGCUCUCAGCUUAGUACCUAAACUUGCACGACUAUGUCCCCGGAACCAGACGAAGGCACAGGUUUAUAUACUGACUUACCUGUCAGAUCUAGAAGAAGAAGAACAAAACAUGCAGCAAAGUCACACUACAACCCAACCAUUCACAAGCAGUCAGCAACCACACAGUUCGGGAUUUCAUCAGUACCAUCCAACCCUCCCUUGCCAUCAAAGCCACACUCAGCAACUGCACACACAUCACCUAGCCCAAUCAACACCUUCUUCUACAAGGUCUGGCCAACAACAUAGUUCAUCUAUGGAAGACCCUUCUUCGCCAGUAUAUCAUCAUUUUUAACACAUUUACUUUGCUUUCCAAAAUUUCAGUCUGUGUCAGAGCAGUUUUUCAGUUUCACUACUUUGUUGUAAACCUAAUAUUUGUGACUGUAAUGUAACACAUUGUAAUUGCUUGAUACUAAUAAGACUGUGUUUAUAGUUCCUUGUAUUG